CAACAUCUUCUCCACCUGACGCAGGGAGUUCAGCAAGUCAGCGAUGGAGGGACACUCCUGUAGAGGGGAAGAGGGCAGUAAAUGAUUCAUCCCUCCUCCUCCCCCCACUGUGGAGCAUGAGAUGGUACGACCCGCUGCCUUACUCAGCGGUCACCUCUUUCUCUCUCAGUGAGGAUUCAGCAUCAGUCCUACAUUCAGAAGCACCGGGGUUUAUCUCUCCUCCUCCUCCUCUUCCUCUUCAUCUUCUUCUCUUGUUAUGACCCAUUUCAGGAGCGACUGCCACAGAGACAGAUACGUGGGGAUGAACGGUGAGCUGAGAGUUGGUCGCAACAUGACAGCGAAGAGAGGAAACAGCGCCCCCGACAGAUCGGACUAUGAGGUGGAGUUUGACAGAUAUCCUGAAGACCACUACAGCAGCAGGGUGUAUGACUACCAGCGUGUCCCCUCCUCGGUCCCCGUGGAUCCCAGUCCAGUCAAACGGUCCCGCCCUUCCUCCUCCUCCUCCUCCUCCUCCUCGUCCACGGCGGCUCUGAGGAGGAAGAGCAGCAGAGCGUCCAGCAGGAGCAACAACAUGCACGGCUCCUCCUCCUCCUCUGACAGCAAAUUGAAGAUGGCAGAGCUCCUCGCCAUAAAGAGGGAGCUGACAGUGAUAAAGGUGCAGAUCGACGGCCUGUUGGACUGUGUAGACAAGAUGGACAGACAGAGGAAGGACUGCACAGAGUGUAUUCAGAGUGUGUGUGACUCUCCUCAUAGAGGUUCAGUCAGCAGCCUGGAGAGAGAAAGUCCAGAACCAGGAGAGGCCAGCGAGGAGGAACCUCUGAACUACAACCACUACUACCCCCACAACUACUCCCACAGGAUAAAAGAACAUCAGUCUGACCUCGAGGACGAUCUGUGAUUCUGCUACACAGAAUCUGGAGCUUGGAUCAGUUGCAGCUCGGUUGGAAGAUUGGUCAAGAAGUUUGUGGCAACAUGAACUGUAUUGGUCUGACUCUCCUCCAUCCCUGAAUCCGUCUCAUUUCACCUCUGAUUUUCUGCACAAACUCCUGCUCUGACUUCUUACUGCAGAUUUAGGAAAACCAGGUUUCUACUCCUGAUCAGUCACAGACCUGGUGUCAGUUCUAACAUAUUCCUACAUUGGACAUUACUGUUGAAAUUCUGUGUUUUUAUCCAGAACCUGAACAUGGAUUUGUCAAGUUUGAGAUGCAUUUCAUUCAGCCUUUUCAGAACAAAACCCAAAUGAUCUGCAGUCACUUUCGUCAGACCUGAAAAAGAAAAGCAGCUAUUCUUUUUUUUACCCUCUUUAGUGGUUCUAUUCUGCAACUUGAAAAUAAACAGCUCUGCCAUCAAGAAGCACAUUAUUUAUGAACUAUGUUUGGCAGUCUUUUAUGCUCUUUGCUUCUUUUAUCACAUUAUCCUCUGAACCCAAAUUAAAGAAGACAAAACCCCUUAUAAGACGAGGUAGGCCAGUAUUAAAUCCAUUUAUCACCCUCACCUCCUCCCAUGUUUAACUCCUCUCUGAUUUAUGUAAAUAAAGUCAGCAUGGCAGCAGCUGGUAGCUCCUUAUCACACCCUUUAUUUUCAUCAGCUCUCCUCUCAUUAUGUCUGCAGAUGUGAACAGAAACAUCAUAUGGUUCUGUGUUGAAGGCUCAGUGAACACGCUUUUAUGACUCUCCUGGAGAAUUACAGCCUAAUUCAGUGAGUAAAUGUGUCAUAAAUUAUAUAAACUGACUCUGACAGUUCCCUAAACGUGAUUUUAAUCCUAAUAAAACUUGCAUAUAGUGGGAAGACUGGAUUAUUCCACAGUGAAACAAUAAUUUCACACCAGUUCAAUUUAUCAGCUAAACUGUUCUGGUUUGACAGCAUGGUUCCUAUCCUACGCUAUAAAAGAGCAAAGUGUCUCCCUCAGAUUUUCCACCUUGCACAGUUUUCCUUUAGAU